GUAUCAACAGCUUUCUCCAUCUUACAAGUCACGAGCAAUCUUCAUCACAGCGUCACAAUCGACAACUAAAGAACCCUUAGUAGACCUUGGACCAUCUAGCCCACUGCUUCACAAUGUCUUCCGGCCUCACGUACCUUAUCACUGGGUCCAACCGCGGAAUCGGCCACGGCUUCGUGUCCCUCCUGCUCCAGCGCCCUUCCACGACAAUCAUCGCCGGCGUCCGCGACCCGUCAAACGCCUCCUCCAAGGCCCUCGCGGACCUCCCUAAGGGCGAGGGUUCGAAGCUCAUCGUCGUCAAGAUCGACUCGUCCGUCGAGUCCGACCCGGCAGCCGCCGUCGAGACCAUCCAGAAGGAGCAUGGCAUCGCCGCCCUCGACGUCGUCAUCGCCAACGCCGGCAUCGCCAACACUGGGGUCAGCGUCUCCAAGGUUGACUUCAAGUCCGCCCUGGACCACUUCGCCGUCAACUCCGUCGCGCCGCUUAUCCUCUUCGACGCCGCGGCGCCGCUGCUCAAGGCCAGCGCAUCCAAGAACCCCAUCUUCGUCGGCAUCUCGUCGAUCAUCGGGAGCAACGGGGCGGCGGAGGGGGUCGCGCAGGUGCCAGGACUCAGCCCGUACGGCGCCAGCAAGGCUGCCCUGAACUGGUUCGUGCGGAGGCUGCACUUCGAGGAGACCUGGCUGACGGCCGUCGUGUUCCACCCGGGCUUGGUGGAGACGGACAUGGGGUCGGGGUUGUCGGAGAGUUCGGGCGUCGACUUGAAGGCCUUCGGUGCUAUCACCGUGAAGCAGAGCGUCGACGGGCUGAUGGCUGCCAUUGACAAGGCCAACAGGGAGUCGAGCGGCACAUUCAAGAACUACGACGGUACCGAUCUGCCUUGGUAGAGUUUCUUUCACGUUGGGAGAUUCUAUCUCAUGAUGGAGUAUCCGCCACGUUGCCCAGUUAUAGAUGGAUCACCUGCUGAAGCUGGCAGGGUGUAUCAGGCAUGCUAUAGAACCUAGAUCUGUAGACUUAUGAGAUUUUUAUGGCUUUUAUGAUUCAUAUGCCGGCUCGGUUGUUUUUAUGCACAAUGACUAGUCG